AUGCCGAGUUCGAAGAAGGACAGGAAGAACGCGAAAGAUGGUGCAGUUAGCGCCGCGGUGACGAAACUCGCCGCGGGCAAGUUCGCUCCUUCCAAGAGUCCUCCGUCCGAUGCAUCGUCGCCUCCUGUAAAUUCUCCCGACAUUCAACCCAUAGCACAAGGCCCGUCUCCCUACGAUGGGCACCCCACCAUCUCGCCAUCUCUGGAUGCUCUUUCCACAACUUCCGCCUCAGCUGCGAGCACAAACCAAGACUGGGCAAGAGGAGGUCUCGCCGGCUCUCCAGGCAACCUGAUCAGUCUCAUGGGCGAGUCACCGCCCACCCAGCCUUCCUCCUACGAGGAUUCUGGCCGCCUCCACCACGGAUGGGCCGUUCAGCGCCAGUCCUUGACUCCCCAAACGGCCUCCCCUUCCCCUCCCAACAGCAUGCCAAACCACAUGAAGCGGCCCCUCAGCUUCCAGAUGGACGCCCAAUUCCCACUCGAGGCCUACCAUCAACCGGCUGCAGCUGCAGCAUACCGUCGCAGCUCCAUGCAAUCUCAGCUGUCCCACGCCAGAGUCGGUCCACAACCCCCACUCCCCCACCAGGCCCAGCCGCACUUCUAUGGUGCUCCCGACAUCGAUUUCGAUAUGGCUUCCAAGGCCGGUAUGAAGGCCGGCGAGAAAGGCUACUACUUCGGCUUUGACACGCUUCCCUCGACACACACUGAGUUUGUGCCGGGAUCGGACAACGUCGCGCUGGCUGGCUACGAGGGUGGCCUCGAAGUCUAUUCGGUCAGCAAGCGCGGCCUGGAUCGUGUCGCCGGUCUGAAAGGACUGCGAGGAGGCGUUUACGACGCCAAAAUCUUGCCGUGGUCGAACCCCGGUAGCAAGGUCGACAACUCCCCGCUCGUCGCUAUCGUCAUUCACGGCCCAGUGCUGCCACAGACGUCUCCCGAGAUCGCGAUCCAGGCAGCGAACGAUCGCGUUGCCGAAGACAGAGCCGACACACCUGGCAGUCCUCGAACAGACGGCAGCCAGAAGGGCGGCCCCUCCGGACGGUUCACGCCCGCUAUCGAGUUCUACCAGACAUCAGUCGAACUGUAUUCACUCAAGACUGGCAAGCUAGUCGACGUACUUCUUCAGGCUCCCAAGGUCCCUCUCUCGACCCCGGUCACCAGCCCGAUCUUCAAGGCACCACCUCCCACGGGUGCAUUCACCAUCAAAGCUGAUGCCGGAAACAUCGUUGUGGCUUCGGGCACAAGUGGAGAGUGCUGGGUUUACCGCUCCAUCCCGGAUUCCGACGAGGGUGCCAGCCGGUUCGGCUGUGUUGGCAAACUCUGGACCAGCCUCCAGCAACCUCCUAGGGGCGAGGUUUCGGAGGAAGCAGAGAGGCGCCACUCACCGGCGCCCCCACGACCCAACCCGCAAACCCCGAUACUGUCACUCAACGGCAAAUGGAUUGCCUAUUGUCCUCCCGCGGCUUCUUCACAGAUUGCACUCCGGGCCCAAGUCCCGGUACCCGUUAUGGGCAAAGCUCCUGGCAUCUCCUCGGUGACCUCGCCUGUACUGCCCCCAGUCACCGGUUCGGUUGACUCUCCCAUGGCUGAGAGCAUGGUGAACAAGAUCAUGCGCGAGACGACGCAAGAGCUGAUCUCUGGAGCGAAAUGGGUCGGCCAGCAAGGACUGCAGGCUUGGAACUCAUACUGGAACAAGAACACGAACCAGACGCCUCCGUCGCAGUCUAGGUCGCCUCCGUUAACAGCUCAGCAGUGGGCUGGUUCGUAUCCUCCCCGUCACGAUGCGCCUCAAUUCCCACCGACACAUGGCACACCUGGUCAGGCGGUGACCAAGGAUCCCGGCCUCGUCUCUAUUCUGGAUAUGGACAGCUUGCCAACUUCUACAACUCUGCACCCCCUCAUUACCUUCGCGUCGCCGCUUGGCUGCAGCUUCUUGUCUUUCUCGCCCACGGGACUGUCUCUUUUCACGGCUAGCGGCAAGGGUGAUGUGCAGACGGUUUGGGAUCUGAUGUGUAUCCAAUACACCAAGUCGUCGCCUCUUCAAGUGUCGGCUGCCAACAACGCGGUCGGCCCAAGAGUUCGCCAGGUUGCGCAGUUUUCGCGGAUGACGGUUGCUCGGAUUGUCGACGUUGCCUGGUCGAAACCGAACGGGGAACGGAUUGCGAUGGUCACCGAGAGAGGAACCGUUCAUCUUCUCGACAUGCCUUCCAGUGCCUUCACCUGGCCGCCACCUCGCCGUCGCAAGGCAACAGAAGAAAACGGUGCUCCUUCUUCGGACGCACCCAGCUCUGCAGUCUCGAUUGCUUCCAGCGCAUUUGGCGCAGCUUAUCAUGCCGCCAGGCCUUUGAUCACUAGGCCGCGUAGGAGCAGCGUGAAUGCCCAGGGCUUGGGCAGUGGCAACUUUGUCGAUUCUGCAAGCGUAGGUGGGAGGGCUAUCGCUGCCAGCAUCAGCCAUUCCCUGGGCAAGACCGGCGUCGCCAUAAACCAGCUGCGUCACACAGGAGAAAACCGCGUGUCUCUGCCACAAAGCUCAACGCUCCCAGGCUCGUCGUGCGUUGUGUGGAUUACUGGUAGAAAGUACCAUACACUGUACGUCGUCGGCGACGGCCUCGUCCGUACGUUCCCGUCCAAGACUCGUCGCUCGUCAACCGCGACCAGCAAGCAGCGAACGCCUCGGGGACUUCGUUAUAAGGAUUUCAAAGUUCCCGCUCUGCCUAUCGAUGGCUUGUCCCCUGCAGUCCGACAAUUCAUCGACUCCGACGAAUACCUGGAUCUGUCCGACAGAGAGAUGGACGCAGGCAAGACGCUGACCCUGGACCCGCGAGCUAGGCCGCUCCAAACCGACCUAAGCGCUGAAGCCUCUAUCCCUCAGGCCGAGAUAGAGUCCAGUGCGCCGUAUCAGCCUUUCCAUACCGACAGACGCGUGUCUCUGUACGAAUAUGGAGGUCAAUUAGCAGCUUUGCCGCCUUCGCUAGCUGCUCUCAUGGCUGACACUGCGCUGGAGGAUCAGGCGACGCCAAAGCAGAGGAAGCGGCAGCAACGCUCGCGUGCCCGGCACACGCCUGUAGCGACGGACUCGUUGCAACCAUGGGCUUUUGGCCAGCCUCUCAACCUUGUCAAGCUUGACACAGGACACCACUCGAUUUCAGAAGAUGAAUUCAACAUCUCGGAUGAUCAUCGUGCGCUUCCACUGUCAUCGAUGGAGAGAGUGAUGCAUCGUGGAGAGAACGGCGAUGAGAUUGUUGUUACGACUCGCCGUCGACGUGGAGCACGACACAUGGAGGACGAAGAUGGCUUCUUUGAGGAUGAUUGCGAAGUCCUCGACUUCGCCGAUCAGAGAGUUUGA